UGCGACGUGCCCGACCUGCACGAGCUGGAUUUCGGGAACUGCAUCGCCUCGCUGAAGGUGGUGGGGCAGCCCUGGAUUGCCUACACAGAGCCCAAGUACGAGGGGGAGCCGCAUGCCUUCGAGGAGGGCGAGUACCCCUCCGUGGAGCGACCCAACAGCUUCUCGGCGCUGCGCCUGGUGCACCACGACCUGGCGGAUCCCCAGAUCACCCUCUACGAGCGCCCCAACUUCCAAGGCGCCUGCAAGGUGGUGACGGAGGAGACGAACUUGGCGUAUGGAUAUUUCAACGACCGGGUGGCUUCACACGUGGUGCAGCGAGGGGUCUGGCUGCUCUACCAGCAUCCCGGCCGGGGCGGUUGGCACUGCCUG